CUAAUUAUGGCACAAGCUGUGCGGCUACACGUUAACGGAAAAGCAAAAAUCUUGACAGAUUCACUCCUUCACAAAAGAGACAGUCCUUUUAGAUUUAAAGGACUCACAAAAGAUGGAGACUUCACAGAGGUCUCCCGUUCUGUCAUCCUGUCUGAUCUCAAUAAUAGUUGUGCUGAAUAUCAUCCUGUGGAUGUUUCUAAUGUCAGCAGUGGGAUUAGGGGCUAUGCACCUACAUGACUGCCCCUUACAGCCUUAUAUCCCCAUCUACCUGCUGGUGAUCGGGCUGACGUCCAUCGCCUCCCUGCUCCUAGUCUACCUCAAUAACACACUGGAGACUGGCUUCCUGAGCCUACUGUGUUCCUCCUGCAUCUUCCUCCUCCAACUCUUCAACUUCGGCUGGUUCAUCACAGGGAGUGAGUGGGUGUACUCCAUAUAUCCCCCGAACUAUGACACGAAUGGUGGAGAGAAGUACUGUCAGAGGAAGAUAUACCUGUUUGCUUUCUGGUUCAACAGCCUGGGCAGCAUCUGUAUGGCUGUGGUGUUCUUCUGUGGAGUGUUCUUCAUCUUCCUUACCUGUGUGAAAAUGGCAUUUAGGGGACACCAUCUACUCCAUUCACAUCAGAGAUCGUAUGGUGUGGACGCUUGAGAACUCUGUGGCACAGAAACCUCACUAACAUGGUUUUGCUGUUCUUUCUUUCUUUCUGUCUGUCUGUCUGUCUGUGUGUCUGUGUGUGUCUGUGGUGCCUGGAGAAGUGGGUAUACAAUAAUGUUCCCAAAUGUUCUGCCCAGUGAAGUAAAGUCGCACUGUGUGAAAAAUUAUUUUUCCAUAGUUUUUCCAGGUAUUCACUCUCAAUUGCAAUUCUUCUUCUUUUUUUUACCAUAUCAGGAGACAAUUUUUGGGGUCUGGAAAAAAUCAAAAAAUCAAUAUUUGGGGAGGUGUAGUUGCCAUUUAAUUCAGUUUCACACCAAGCAAGAUACCUUUUGGCUAGCGGGGUUUCUGUAGCCUAGUGUACAACGUACAGUUGAAGUCAGAAGUUUACAUACACUUAGGUUGGAGUCAUUAAAACCUCAUUUUUCAACCACUCCACAAAUUUCUUGUUCACAAACUAUAGUUUUGGCAAGUCGGUUCAGAC